GGCAGCCCCGACACCCAGAGGAGAUGGCUGCGGAGCUGGAGCCGGCCUCAGCCGCGGGCUUCCCCUUCCCGGCGCCGGUGCAGCCCGUGGUGAAGGUGGAGGAGCAAGACCCCACGGACCCUGAGCCCUGGGUGGGAGCCGAGAGAGCAGGGAACGCCCCUUGUGUUGUCCGGGCGUCCCCGAGAUGCCCGGCAGCCCCCGUGGUCAAGCAGGAGCCCGUGGAGGAGCCCAUCCUGUGCUGGCGGGUCACGGGGAAUGGGCAGCUCAAGGAGGGACCCGAGGCACUGGCAGGAUUUCUCUGCUCGGGGCUGGAGCAGCCUCAGCCCCAUCCUGGGCACGUGCCAAAGGAGGAGGCCGAAUGGGGUGAAACCCCCGGGCCCCAGGAGGAGCUGCCUUGUGUCCCAAAAGAGGAGCCCCUGUUCCAGCAAGAGCCAGAUUCCCCCGACACAGAUGAGACCUGGGACUCAGCCGAUGAGAGCUCCUUGGGCUGCUUCCCCAGACGAGGCUCUUGGCGAGGGGCAGAGCCGAGCACCUGGGAGGCUGCUGUUACCAACCCCAAGCUGGAGCAAGGGGCAGCGGACCGGACACGCAGGAAAACGGUGAACUCUCCAGCAGUGCAGGGGCUCAGGAAGAGCCCCCGCACGUCGCAUUCAAGUCUAGAAAAGAUGCCAAAGAGCGCGAGAGUCACCCCGAAAGAACGUGUCGCUCAGUUCGGCAAGGAUAAGUUUCACACGGACGGGACCGUGCUGUUCUGCACGGCGUGCAGCAAGCCUAUAGACCACGUUCGCAAGCAGACCAUUGUCGAGCACAUGGAAAGCGCGAAGCAUAAAAGGAAUGAAAAGAGACAAAGAGAAGAUGCCGAAAUGGGCUCAUCAACCGCGGUAAAGAAACAGUGCACUGGGACUGCAGCACUCGAGUGUCCUACAAUUGCCAAAGCCCACCACGACACCCUCGUUUUGGAUUUUGUUCGAAUGUGCUUGAAAGCAGACUUUCCUCUGCAUAAAAUGGAUUUGCCUGUUGUCAGGGAUUUUUUGAGCAAGCACAUUAAGGGAGGCAGUGCCAUUCCCAAGUCAGACCAAUUGCAUUCCCACCUCCCAACUCUUUUUGAAGAGGAAAAACAGCGCCUUCUUCGUGACUUCGAGGGAAACUUCAUUGCCGUGAUCGCCGAUGAAACAACCGACUUCCAAAAUAGACCAGUUCUCAACAUUUUAUUUCAGGUGCUCAAGGUCCGUCCUCCGAGGCAUGCCGACAUUCCCGCGCUGCAGCUGGUAAAGACCGUGUGCCUGGGGAAAGUGAAUCAUGCCACCAUUUCCCAAGCCUUGAUUUCUUGCAUGGUGGAAUUCAGCAUCCCACUUGAGCGAAUAUUGGCAUUUGUGACCGACAGCGCGAGCUACAUGGCGAAGGCUUGGAACGACGUGCUUUGCACUCUGUGGUCCAACUGUGUACACAUAUGUUGCUACGCCCAUAUAGUUGCUCUGGCGGGAGAUACCUGGCGAGAUGCCUUCAAGCAAGUGGAUCGCUUUGUUGCUUUGAUGAAGUCGCUUCUAGCGAAAGCUCCAGCGUGCCGUGCACGGUUCUUGAGAUACCUGAAGGAACAGAGUGUGGGUUCACCAACACUUCCACCCGAACCAGUUGUGACCAGGUGGAAAACAUGGUUCAGCUGUGUGGAGUACCAUGCACGGUACUACCAGCUCUACCGUGGGUUCGUGGAGCAGGAACGAACGGAACAAGGGGAUACAUCUAUUCUGCAGGAACUGACCAGCCUGUUAGCAUUAGAAGACCUGCACACUGACCUGAAGUACAUUGCAGAGAGCUGUGGACGCCUGGCGACAGGCCUGGACAUUUUGCAGUCCCAAAAACGCCAAAUACAUGAAGUGUACAACACUGUCCUGGAUUUAAUUUCGUGGCUGGAGCAUCUGGCAUCGUCAACGGAUAAUGCAAAAGGGUCCACAGUUGCUCAAAGCCUCGCUGAUAAGCUGAGACAGUACAACGUGAAAAGUAAACAGCCAGCAGCUGAUUUUCUCCGUGCUGUCCGUGCGCUAGAUCCGAAACAAAUUGGUGCCGUUUAUACAGAUUAUGAAACUGUGAAGCUGGAAUUAAAGCUGUCCAACGAAUGCGACAUGGAGUGGCCGGUGUAUUUGGGGAUCGUCAAAGACGGGUUUGCAGACAUCGAGGAUCCUAUUCAGUUCUGGAUGGCUGCUGAAGAUCGCGUUCCCAGCCUGGCGAAGUACGCGGUGGUUCUCCUCCAGCUGACGGUCAAUUCAGCUGACGUGGAAAGAAGUUUCAGCAAACUCGGGGCUCUUCUCAGUGCUCAGCUCCAAUGCCUGAAAAAUGAAAAUGUGCCAGGAAUGCUGCAGCUCUGUUUUAACAACCCGGACUAACUCAAAGUGAGGACAUUUUCUGUGCAUUUAAAAAAACAACCGACGUAGCUAGCGUUUGGGUCGGAGCCCUGGGCUAGCCUGAAGACUUUCUGUUUAUUGAAGAGGGAGAAUACCUUACAGGUGUUAACCCCUGUACUUGAAAGGCCCAGCCAGCCAGUUUUUCUUCUGCAGUCUUGAAUCCUGCUCCAAGCAGUUUGUGGGUUGGGACUAGGAGCUUGGGUGUGCAGUGACUGGCACCGGGUGCAAGUGCCAGCAGCCCCCAGUAGCUCCCCGACGCCCCCCCCCCCCCCCCCGGCAGCAGAUUACAUCGCAGCAAGGACUGGUGCACCCCAGUAGCUCACCGAGGACCCCCAGCAGCAGAUUACAUCACAGCAAGGACCAGCACACUCCAGCAUCUUGCUGAGGAGCUGCCCCCCAGAGCAACUUCCAGGGUCCCUUUUUGUGGCCCUCCCAUCCAAUCAGUUAGUGCGGCAGGUAGAGGGUGGUGGGUCCCAGGGCUCCCCACCCGCCUUGGGUGGACCUCCCAAGUCCAGACCGCCUGGGCUUGGUAGAAGCUCCCCAAGGGGUGGGGUAUGGUCGGGCACUCGGGGCAUCUGCCGCUUUCGGAGCGAUUUGGGUUCUGGGAGCCAGGCUAUGGGGGAGCAGCGGGCAAUUGGGAUGGUGACGUGCCCUCUAGCAAUGGGGCUAGCGGUUUAUAACCCCAGGCAGAAGGCGGAGCAGACAGUCCGCCAUCAGCCAGGUAACAUCUGGUGGAAGGAGGGCUGUAGGGGCGGUGGAGGUCCCAGUCGGCCCAGGAAGCAGGGCCCAGGGGGGGCCUGGAAUGAGCGAUUAGCCUCAGGAGGGCUGAGGAGGGUGGGGAGCCCAGUUGGGGCUGGAGCUUAAGUACUUUGGGUACCUUUCCCCUUUGUCCUACGAUAAAUCUGGCUUUUAUUGAUCCAUUGCUUACAGGGGAGAAGUUUGUCCAGUCAGGACACCCCAGUUUAAUUGUCCCAGGUUUCUAAGUGGGGGACAAGCCAAAGCCAAACUUAUUUGGGACCCCCCAAAACUGGAACCUGGCUCUUACUGCUGCCAACAGGCAGAAGGAACAGCGAGGCUGGCACGGGGGACAGCCACAGCUGGACCCAUGUCCUGGUGCAGGGGGGAGCUGCUGCCUGGAGAGAGUGAAUAGGGGGAUGGGCAGGGCCUGGGGGGUCAGGGGUUGGGGAGGGAGGCACCAGCAUAGGGCUUCUCAAUGCACCGAAUCAGUGGGGGCGCAUCUGCAACUGAAUCCACAUCCUGGUGAGCGAAGGGGGCAAGAGGAGCUCUGAUUUUUCUAUAAUGAAAAAAACAAAAACAAAAUCAAACUAUAUAGGUAUUUAGAAUUUAUUUUAUUAUAAUGAUUGAGGCACUGGUA